AUGGCUUCUCCACCAUCACCGGCCUCCUCCGCAAGCAGCGGGAGCUCGAGGAGGUCGCUUGAUCAGAACCGCCCUCUAACCCUCGAAGACCUCGUAAAUCACUUCGUUGCCGCAAAGCGCGCUUUGAACACCCAGACGGUCCUAUGGCGCGCCAAUGACAUCGUCAACUCGGCCCGUGAGCAGCUAGAAGAGAAUGCGAUUCUCGCGGCGAAGAAUGCUUCUCUCAGGAAUAUUGUUGAUGAGCAAGUAGAUGGUUUGGAGGCCGUCCGCCGCGGCAUAGAUAUGGUCGAGGCGGAUGUGCGGGCUGAGUUCAAGCAACUGCUGCACGACCUCGAUGCCUCCUUCGCCGGCCUCCAGUCUACGCUCGCCGUUCUACGUGACACUCCCAUCGAGUCCGUCCUUCAGCCUCCCGGUACUCCGCAGAAGCAUCUGUACGACUUCAUUGACAGCGCAACAGUCACGAACCUGAAAGACUCACUCCGUGCCUGCAUAGACAGAUACAACGAGGCCCGCUCAAGCCUCGAAGACAGCAAUGACGCCUUCGACACGGCGCUCGAGAACUUGCACCACUCAAUCGAGAACGUCCCAAACACACCAGUCACCGAUUCGACGCCUAGUCCCAUACCGAGCUUAUACCAUGAUCUUGAAGGGCACGCGAAGGAGGCGGCGCAGGCAUUUCAGUCUCUAGUACGGCACUAUGAUCUCUGUGCGACGGCACUUCGGCACACGGAAGGCGGCGCGGCGGCGGCGACCCAAGCAACGGGAGAUGCUCCCGUCCCGUCUGGCGAGGAUCCCGAUGCCCCACAGGAACCGAUGACUGAAGAAGAGCGCCAGGAGAUGCUGGGUGUGCUGCAGAAGGAUGCCCAAGAAGUAGAGGACGUGGUUUCGGAGAUUCGAGAACGCGGCUCAGAAAUGUCGUUUCUCCUAUCCCAGAUUGACAGUCAUAUAACGCACCUGCGCAACGAAGACUCCGCGCUGAACAGCAUUCUGAGGAUGAUAUCGCACAUCGCUGCUGAAGUUCGAUCACACAUUGCGACUUCCCGGUCGUUCCAUGCCUCCUGGCUAGAAGACACGCGGCCAACGCUCUUGAACGGUAUAGAGGAGUGGGAGAACCAGAGAGAAUUCUACGAGCGAUUUGAUCUGGCGUACGCCGAGCUGCUUGUCGAGAUAUCCUCGCGAAGGCGGAGGCACGAGAAGGCGAAGCGAAAGGCAGAAGAAGCGCAAAGAGAGCUUGAUAGAUUGCACGCCGAAGAUGAGCGCGCUAGAGAGCACUUUGCUGUUUCUCAAGGUGAUUUCUUGCCAUUGGACAUAUGGCCCGGCUUGAGGGAUCCACCGAGGCGAUACGAGGUCCGCAACGUUCCUAUCCCGCGUGUUGAAGAGGGAGAAGAGGGAGACGACGAUGAUGACCCAGAAUGGGAGGUCCGGAGUAUACCACAGCUUGGUAGAAACGUAGUGGAGCGAGCAUUGACGAGGGUGAAGAGGAGGAUGUGA